AUUUUGGCUCGGAGUAUAACACAUAGUAGUCUCACUGUGACAUAUGUUUUCUAAUCAAAAUACCAAGAGAGAAAGUGAAUAUUGAGUCCGUUCCGGUUUGCAACCGGUGUCCUAUUUGAAACCGUCCCCUCAUGAUGUAAGCUGACAUUACUCUUGUCGUAGCCUUUUCUUUUGGCAGAAGCCUUGCGUCGGUGGCUAGGCCGGCUGGUCAGCAUGGAGUUUCUUGAGUUGACUCGUUUGCUGGUUUUCCUCGGUACCGUUGCGGUAUUUGUCCAACUAGACGUAGUUCGUAAAGUCUACAAGUACCUUCGCUGUCUCUACUAUGUGAGAAAGCUCCCCGUCCCUGCUGAACCACGAUGGCUUACUGGACACUCGAGUUUCAUACAGCCGGAAGCUGCCUUCCAGUUCCACUGCGACUAUCUGAGCGAUCCAGAGAAGCGUUUGCCCGGCGUGUUCCGCUAUCACCUGUCUCAGUUUUUAUACAUGGUCAACGUCUUUGCGCCACAUACCAUAGAACCCAUGCUCGCUGGCUCGCAUCCCAAGCUUUCCAUUGUUGCUCAUCUUACUAGCCCUGUCACUGGAGAAGGUGGGGUGUUUUUCACCAAUGGAGAGAAAUGGGCACGCAAGAGGCGAUUGGUUGCUCCUGGAUUCCAUAAGAAAGUCACUCAAGACUAUGUGAGCGUGUACGAAUCAGUACUGGACUCGUUGAUAAGCGACUGGUCUGAGCUCCUACUCAACUCCACCACCAAAUCCGGACCGAAAAGCCAGUCCAGAGUAUCCAUGAACAUGGCCUCAGCAAAACUAAGCAUUAAUGUGCUGGUGAGGUGUGUCAUGAGCUACGAGCUCAGCGAGACAGAGACAAUAGACUUCAAGCGAGCCACAGAUGUUAUGGCUCGGAUGGUGCAGGAACGCGGAACUAACGCCUUUCUGUACCCGGAUUCCAUCUAUUUUCGAACUGAAGCUGGUAAGGAAUGUCUGAAACUAUGCAACAUUGUUCAUACUGUGACAGAUAAUGUCAUUGCCAGUCGCAGGAAGCAGCUGUUGGACGAUCCAGAUGCCGGUGCACCGAAGAAGAACAUUGAUUUCCUGGACAUCUUGCUGACUGCACGAUACGAGGAUGGUGCUGCGAUGGACGAUAAAGAACUCCGGGAAGAGGUGACUAUCUUCUUGAUAGCUGGUAUGACAUCAUCUGUUGCAUCACAGUGGCUAUUCUACUACUUGGCGGCCAACCCGGAUAUCCAGCAACGAUGUAGAGAAGAAGCAUGUGCGGUGUUGUGUCCGGACGGUGGUGAGCCUGUGUUGACUGAGCAGAGUCUGAAUUCUCUGCAAUACAUCACACAAGUCAUAAAGGAAGUCCUGCGUAUAGCCACACCAACUCCCCAGAUUUAUCGUGAGCUUGAGAAGGACACGAUGAUUGGCGGAUACUUGAUUCCUAGCGGAACCUGGGUCGUCCUCAGCAUAUGGGCUCUACAUCACAAUCCAGACAUUUGGAAAAACCCGAUGACUUUCAACCCAUCUCGCUUCGACCCAGGUGGAGAAGCUUCGAAGGCUCCACCGUUCUCGUACGUGCCAUUCAGUGGUGGUUCGCGGAACUGCAUUGGAAAGAAUGUGGCGUUUCAGCUGUUGCGAGCAGAAGUGGUGAAGAUCCUGUUGCGCUUCAAGCUCUCCGUUCCUGAUGACCUUCUGAACCUCAAACAGCAUUUGAUGCUGUUUAUUGAACCUUCCAAGCCGAUUGAACUGCUCAUCGAAGAAGUUGGGGAUUGCUGAGCUGGUGGUUUUUAAUUUUAUUUUUUACUGUGUUCCUGUGUUGCGUGUGUGCGUGUGGACAUGUGUGUGUAUGUGUGUGUGCAUAUAUCUAUAGGUGUGUGUAUAUUCGUGUGUGCGUGUGUUCGUGCGUGUGCGAUUUAGGGUGUUGUGGGUGGGUGGGUGCCUGUGUGUGUGUGCGCCCGUGUGCAAGUUAGGGUGCUGUGGGUGGGUGUAUGUGUGUGUGUGUGUUAGUAUGUGCGUGUAUGUUUGUAUGUGUGUGGGUGUUACUAUGUGUGUGCGUGUUAGUAUGUGUGUGUGUAGGUGUGGUGUGUGAGCGAGAUUAAGCGCGUGCUUGUUAGUGCUAGACCUGCGCCUACUGCAUCUGCCUCUGAAAUAGCCUGUCCCUGUAUGCAUUCACGCUAUCGUAUUAUCACACCUCUCUCCACUUAGAUAUACCAGCGCUGCCUCCUAUUCCAUUAUCGUUGUCUGAUGAUUGGUUCAGCCAUGAAACUCUGAGUCACAACGGAAUUAAUUUGCCAAGGUUUUCAUUGUGUGCCUUUGUGUAUUUUAUUUUUUACUGAAGUCCACAGAACCAUCAGAUGCUACACAGCGGGGGCGGCGGCAUAUUGGAUGGAAGUGGGAAAGAAACGGGCUUUUCCAAAAAUCCUGAGAAAUGUUCAGCAAAAAUUUCAAAUUUCUUGUCAUGUUGCACUGUAUCACCUCAUGCUUUGUGCCUGCACUCAGUUAUAUUAUGUUAGCACUAUGUUUGACACCUAUUAUGUAAUGCUGUAUAGGCACCGGCGGAUUAUGCCGGCAUAAUUAUUGGUAUAAUUUGGUGGUUGAAAAUUUGGAGCAUAUUAAUUAAAAUUUAUUUUUGGCAUCCUUUCGGAGGUAGGAGCAUAACUACAUGAUUGUACCACA